CACUGUUACCAGCUGCUGGACUAUUCCAAUCCCUGUCGGAGAGAAUACACGGGGACCGACAGUCAUUCUCUUCCUCCCCGUUUACCUCAUUGUGAUUAUUUUAUUACAACCUGCUUCUAUUUUACCUCUCUUUCAUUCUUUUCCGAAGUGGAUAACUUGUCCUUCUCCUCCCUUGCUUUCUGCUACGUUUCACGGUUUUUAUAAGCUAUAUAGGUGUAUUUAUUUGUUUUUUAUUAGAAACGAUAUACAUUUAUGUCUUAGAUGUUCCUCAAAUGAGAAGACGCAAAUGAUGGAGUUGCAUAUUUUAGAACACAGCUUGAAAGUAGCGAGUAUAGCAAAAGAGGGCAUUCAGAUUUGCACUCACGGAUUAAUCAAACUCGCCUUCUUGCCCUCUAAAACAAGAUGCAAGUUUUUCAGUUUGACGGAAACUCCGGAGGAUUAUACCAUUAUCGUCGAUGAGGAAGGCUUCAAAGAACUGCCCGAGUCGGAGCACCUUAGUGUCGCCGAGGCCACGUGGUUGGCUCUCAACGUGGUGUCGGGGGGCGGGAGCGCCACCAACUCUCAACCAAUCGGAGUCACCAAAAUAGCCAAGUCUGUCAUUGCCCCCCUGGCAGACCACAACAUUUCUGUGUUUAUGCUGUCUACCUAUCAGACUGACUUUAUCUUGGUUCGAGAGCGGGACCUGCCCAUGGUCAUGCACACCCUGUCUUCUGAGUUCACCCUGCUGAGGGUGAUCAAUGGAGAGACCGUGGCCGCCAACAGCCUGGGAGUCACCAACGGCUUUGUCAAGCCUAAACUCGUGCCCCGUCCCAUCAUCCACCCUCUUUCCAGCCCCAGUAACAUGUUCUGUGUGACCAGCCUGGACCCGGACACACUGCCCUCGGUGGCCACCCUGCUCAUGGACGUCAUGUUCUACUCAGGCGGCAUGAAGGAGCCCGGGGCGUCUAGCGAGGACUCUGGUCACAUCCGCUUCUUCUCCUUCUCUCUGAUUGAGGGCUACAUCUCUCUGGUCAUGGAUGAGCAGACCACACCACGGUUUCCAAACAAUGUCCUCUUCACUAGUGCUUCAGGGGAGCUUUGGAAAAUGGUUCGCAUUGGAGGACAGCCUUUAGGAUUUGACGAGUGCGGUAUUGUGGCUCAAAUAUCGGAACCCCUGGCGACUGCUGACAUUCCAGCUUAUUACAUCAGUACCUUCAAGUUUGACCAUGCCCUGGUCCCAGAAGAAAACAUCCAGAGUGUGAUUGGAGCUUUGAGGACCAAUGAGAGCGCAGGACAGUGAAUGGGAGAUGGGAAGAGACAGUGGAACUAGGGAGCCCUGUGCCCUCACACCCACACGUUGUUUUAUCAUGUCGAACUCAUUUUUUUUAAAGUGCCAAGAGCGUAUCAGUGGACUGCUGUGGGGGGUGAUUCUGGGAACAGGGUAAUGUAACGCUUGGGUGGUGUAGAUGGGGUACAGGGGAAGGACGGUGUGUGUGUGUAGGGAUGCAUUUGUUCAGCGAUCAGCAACGUGCCCCUCCUACGUGCCAACUACGCAAUCCUACCCACCACAUCACCCCCUUGACCAUCCACUCUUACCCCAAACAUCCACUUCUUUGGGGACCCAAAGCUAGGGUAACUGCAGUGUUUUUUAUUUUAUUUUCUCUCUCUCUCCUUUUUCUUUCUCCUCUCCCUCCCCUCACACCAUUUCACCAUGUCAACGCGGCCUACUAAGUUUGGGCCUAUCUCUUCGACACCAGCCCGGUAUGCUGCGACCCGGCCGUCACCUCCUUUUACUUUGGCACCUACGCGGCCAAUGACAGCCUAUACUGGUGCUUUAGUAUACCACACUUUCCUUCCUAACUUUGCAUUGUUUCUUCCCAUAACAACCAUACUGUAUUGGUCACCAGUUCUCCCCAUAACAACCAUACUGUAUUAGUUACCAGUCCUCCCCAUAACAACCAUACUGUAUUAGUUACCAGUUCUCCCCAUAACAACCAUACUGUAUUAGUUACCAGUUCUCCCCAUAACAACCAUACUGUAUUAGUCACCAGUUCUCCCCAUAACAACCAUACUGUAUUAGUUACCAGUUCUCCCCAUAACAACCAUACUGUAUUAGUUACCAGUCCUCCCCAUAACAACCAUACUGUAUUAGUUACCAGUUCUCCCCAUAACAACCAUACUGUAUUAGUCACCAGUUCUCCCCAUAACAACCAUACUGUAUUAGUUACCAGUCCUCCCCAUAACAACCAUACUGUAUUAGUUACCAGUUCUCCCCAUAACAACCAUACUGUAUUAGUUACCAGUCCUCCCCAUAACAACCAUACUGUAUUAGUUACCAGUCCUCCCCAUAACAACCAUACUGUAUUAGUUACCAGUUCUCCCCAUAACAACCAUACUGUAUUAGUCACCAGUUCUCCCCAUAACAACCAUACUGUAUUAGUUACCAGUCCUCCCCUUAUGGAAAGAGAAUGUUCUCUACAAACAAUUAUCAAGAUUUCCAUUAUUCUUAUUAUUUAUUUUUCUCAGUGCCAAGUCGUUUUCAAGACCAAUGCCUUGUCUAACUCUCAGUGUGUUUGACCUUGAAGGUGACAUUUCUGAGUUGUCGUUGGUAAUGACACAACAUAGUGUGGUUUUGUUUUUACAAGUUAUUGAAUAAGCUUUUAAUGUCAAGUCCUGAUGAAAUUCUCACUAUGGAAACUCUUCUUAAAGUAAUCCAUUUCGGGGCUAGAAUUCUCAUUGAAAUGCCAUUUAGCUGAAGGCUAGCGAAUAGAUUGCAGGGACUGGGGCAAGAUGUCAAUGGUCCUAAACUCUGGUGACCUGGAAAGCAGAUCAGAUUUGUCAGAUGGGAAAAUGAAAGAUUCUGAUGUUGAGUGUUUAAAUUACAUUUACUGACAAAUCACAGAGCCACUGUUAUGUAGGACAUAUCAUAUAAACAACAUUCUAGUUGGCUAUAUACAAGCCAGUUUUCAUGUAGUAUCGGUCGUUUUGGGAGAAGUAGGUUAUCGUUUUGCAUCAAGUGCCACACCAUGCCUGACACUAAACCAGCCCUUUACCACAAACUAGUAGAAUAAGGAAAAGUGGUGGGAAAAUGUUGGUUGGGUUGUGGAUCAUUGAACCAGCCCUGCAACCCUGGUCAGUUUAGGCCUUCAGCUCACCUCCCCCUCCCUCCUACCUCGCCCCUGCCCCCCCUCACCCCAGUCUGCACUUUAAUACAGGUCCAUCCUGCUGUACUGAUGUGAAAACGGGGAAGACUAUUUUACCCUUGAAGGAUUCUCUUGAGAAGGUGAGACUAUAUUGGUCUUAAUGCGUUGGUGUUUGUUUUUUGUUUGUCUGCACCAAGAAAAAGCUUGCUUCGUCAGUUAGCUUUGAUUAGCAGAAACCAUGUAGCUAUUAAUCAGUGUUAAAAACAUAAAAGGGUGAUGUAAAAAAAUAAAUAAAAAAUGGUUUUGUUUUCA